AUGCUUGUGGCUGUUGGUUGUGGAGGGAAGCACUUGCACAAACAAGUCGAUGCACCGGAAGCAACAGCUAGCAGUGUUCUCAGUUUUGCAGCCCUUAUUGCCGGGUUCUUCCUCCCCUGGUCUGCGAUUGCCAGCGACUUCACGACCUAUUUCGAUCGUCGAUCCAAGAAAGCCUCGAUCUUUGUGCCCUCUUAUAUCGGUCUCGUCACUGGGGCCAUCCCUUUGAUGAUCCUUGGCGCAGCAAUUGGCGGCGCUGUUCCGAACGUCCCCUCGUGGGAAGAAGGAUACAAUACCAAUAACGUUGGAGGAGUCUUGGGCGCGAUGCUCGAGCCAUCCGGAGGAUUUGGGAAGUUCUUGCUGGUUCUUCUUGCACUGAGCGUUCUUGGGAAUGUUGUUGGCUCGAUUUACGCUCUCACCCUCAACUUUCAGGCUUUGCUCUUUCUCGUACGCAUCCGAAUUCCUCGAAUUGUCUAUACCAUCAUUGCCACUGCAAUCAUCAUCCCAGUUGCAAUCAAGGUGGCGGCUAACUUCUUUGAUUCAUUGAGCAACUUCCUUGGAAUCAUUGGCUACUGGCCUGCAGCUUUUGUCGCUGUUAUUGUCUUGGAACAUCUGGUCUUCCGGAAAGGUAAGGCAGAAAACUAUGACCUGACACAAUGGGAGACAGCACGAGGGUUACCCACGGGACUUGCUGCUCUAGGCGCUGCUGUGCUUUGCUUUGGCAUGGUGAUUCCCGGAAUGGCCCAAAUAUGGUAUACCGGGCCUAUCGCAGUGCACACGGGCGAUAUCGGGUUUGAGAUGGCUUUUGCCCUCACAGCGGCGCUUUAUGUACCAUUCAGGUUUUUGGAGGUCAAGCUUCUUGAUCGCAUCUAG